GGGAAAGGAAAAUCACAUUCCCAGAUAAAAACUGUGGUGCAUCUGACUUUUCCGAUCACCUAGAGUUGAACUUUCCACAACUAAAGCACUGUGGUGGGUUUCAACUCCUGCGGAGCCGGGGCUCUACAAGGUCUAAGGUCUUGGAAAUCAUUCCUUGCCCACAAAAUGGGUAUACUCCAGAGGGCCUGUGCAACAAAGAACUUGGAGUGGGGCAAGCUGUGCUUUACAUAAGGCCACUCCAAAAAGAUAUUGACCUGCAGGAUCCUCCCAGUGUGACCCUCACUCCUCAAACAACUGGACCAAUGGUGGAAUGUGUCUACUGUGCAGAGAUAUUUAGCUUCUCUGAGAUUCAAGGCCACAUUGACUGUUGUGAGAAAAAAAAUAAUUCAGAUUCAACUGCUGAAGAAACCCUUGAGAAUACCCAGUCAGGAAGCUCAGAAGAGGUCCAGGCAGGAACCUCAGCUGCUGCUAGCUCAUCAAGCAACCAAAAUCCACGUGAAGAAAAUCAAAGUAGCAGCUCUGAAGAGUGGACAACAGAGCCUGAUGUUUACGAGGCAGCCAACAUGUUUCGACGUCACUUGCUCAACAAUGCUGAACUCAAGCCAGGGUUGGUUGCCAGGCUUGAUCUCAGAUCCACUGAGGAAGAUCGUGAAAGAGAGAUUCUAACUUUCUACAAAAAAACAGGAAUUGACUGGGCAAGCCCAUUUUCUGUUAUACUGACUGCUAUUGGAGAUGGUGUAAAACGGCACUUCCUGUCUAUGGUGAUGGAAAAAAUCCAGUUUGGUUUCGACCUUGUCUUCGAGAACACUACCAGAACUCUUCUGUUCAAUGGGACAGGCGAUCACAAGGUCCCAUCCACUUCCAAAGCCCUGAUAGAUGGAGACCUUUUCCGAGUAGCUGGACGUGCCAUAGGACAUUCUUUUAUUCAUGGAGGUCCUCGAUUCACUGGACUGAGUCCAGCAAUGUUGCAGCUAAUUGUUGGAAGUAACGAGGAGUUUGUGGCACCUGAGGUUGCUGACCGCCCUGAUACAGAUGUUGUUGAUGUAGUGUCUGUACUUGAUAGUCAGAGAAAACUGACCCCACAGGAACGAUGCGAGGUGAACAACUUAGCCUUCAGCUGGGAUCUUCCUCCCAUCAAUAAUAACAACAGGAGGUGGUUGGCACAGAAAAUCCUACAGCAUGCGGUCGUUGAACGGAGAAGAACACAAAUGAAGCAGCUCCGUAGGGGGCUGAAAGAGAGCGGUGUUGUCACGAUGAUCAAAGAGCGUCCGGCCCUAGCCAAGGUCCUUUUCCCAAGAUCAGCAGAACAAGUGAUGGACUCACAGACCAUCUUGAAAAGGAUCAUCUGGCCAAUGCCAGAUAGUGAGGAUGAGGAUGACCACAGCAACGUGGAGGAGACAUGCCUGGUCACAGGCUUUUUGAGAGACUACAUUGAAAAAGGGUCUUCUCAGGAACUACACCUACUACUGAAGUUUUGGACAGGUUGGAGUAUACCUCCCCAGCACCUUUAUGUUGAAGUAUCUCCGGAAAUUACUCUGCCAGUUGCCUCAACCUGCCUCACAACGCUGAAACUCUCACUGAAGUGCCAAAGUUACCAGGCAUUCGAAGAAAACCUGGAAGCAUCUAUGAGAUCUACAGAGUUCGGGUUUGGACUGAUCUGA